ACUUAAAGAUAUCAAUUGAUAGUCUCACUUUCUACCUACAACUAUCAUAAAAACUCCCUCACCACCUACCUACUGGGUUUCUUGAUCUUGUUUUAUAUCUAGAUACCUUCAUAACCAUGUCAGACAUACAUCCAAAUAGUUGCGGGCACGAGUUACCCAACACUACAACAAACAACAGGCCCAAACGCUCUAUACUAUCUCUAGUUGACUACCCUCCAGGUUUUUCACGAAAGGUGGUGGCAGAAGUAGUGGCUACAUUCUUGUUGGUGUUUGUGACAUGUGGAGCAGCGGCACUUACCACAAGUGAUGAGCGUAAGGUGUCACAGCUUGGAGCCUCAGUUGCUGGUGGUCUCAUUGUAACUGUUAUGAUCUAUGCUGUUGGACAUAUCUCUGGUGCACACAUGAAUCCUGCGGUCACACUAGCUUUUGCAACUGUUGGUCACUUUCCUUGGAUUCAGGUUCCAAUAUACGCCGCAGCACAACUGACUGGCUCCAUUUCAGCUUCAUUUGCCCUACGAGUGUUGCUUGAACAAGUAAAACAUUUGGGGACAACAACACCUUCAGGGACUGACCUACAAGCUCUAAUCAUGGAGAUCAUAGUCACUUUUUGUAUGAUGUUUGUCACUUCCGCUGUCGCAACAGAUUCUAAAGCCGUAGGAGAGCUAGCAGGUAUAGCAGUUGGAUCAUCAGUAUGCAUUACUUCCAUCUUAGCAGGACCAGUAUCAGGAGGAUCGAUGAACCCAGCACGCACCAUUGGACCUGCAUUAGCUAGCAACAACUAUAAGGCCAUUUGGGUGUACAUUUUCGGUCCCAUAACAGGGACGAUAUCAGGGGCGUUAUGCUACAGUUUUAUUCGACAUAUAGAUAGACCGAUUCAGACAGUAUCUUCUUUUAAACUUAGAAGGAUGAAGAGCAACGAUGGAAAUGCUACAGAGAAAGAUUCUCCUAGUUUCGUGUAAUGAUAUAACUAGUAACAUGUCAUAUGAUAUAUAUGAAUAAUAUAUAUUAAAGAAGUGCAUUCAAGCACAUUUCUAUUAUCAGUUUUAAA